AUGACCGACGUCGUCCCGGCCGUUCCCCGCAACGAAGCUCCUCAGCGCAUCAAGUUACGGUCGGCGUGCGAUCGAUGUUCGCUGAACAAGAUCAAAUGCAGCCAGGACAAGCCUGAAUGCCAGCGAUGCAAGACUAUCGGGGUGCCGUGCCACUACAGCCGGUCGAUGCGAAUGGGCAAGCCGCGCAAGUCGGCCAAGGCGAAGGCGAUGGAGAACAACCGCAAUAACGACAAUAAAAGUCCCAAUAGCAGCAGCAGCAACAGCCCGGAAGCGAUCAAGACCGAAAAUGCGACCGCCAUGUGGCCCGGCGACUGGCAUCUGGGCCAUCCCUGGUCAGCCGACUGGAGUUUUGACAGCGUGCUGGCUGGCAGCGAGCCCAGCAGCAGCAGCCACGGUUCCAGCGACUUAAUGCAACCUCUCUUCGCCGACUCGUCUGCUGCGUACAGCCAGCAGGCCGAUGAUUCGUUUCUCGCCGCCUCCACGUCGUCGCAAUCGCAGUCGCCUGCGUCCUCCGGACCGAAUGUCCUGAUCAAAGACGACCCGGAAAACGUCUAUCUCUCGCCCAGCAGUUACAAUGCGCCCUCGUUCGACGCCGGAAUGUUCUCGUCAGCGCCUUCAACCGGUGUGACUUCAGCGACAACCACAAAUCCCAGCACUCCGCCCGAUGGGCUCAGCCCAGCCAUGCUGAUGGUACCCCAGACCAAACCACACGAUUGCACCCAACUUGCUCUCGAGUCGCUGGUCGCCUUGAGUCUGCCCUCAACAGUGCAGAAAACCACCCAAGGCCAGCCGCGUCCGACCAUGGACCAGGUCCUCAAAGCCAACAGCGAAGCGAUGAAGAACGUGUCCACCAUGCUCGCGUGUAGCUGCCCCAAGGACUCGUCCUUUCCCAUGCUCCUUGCUACUAUCUUUUCUAAAACGCUGGCCUGGUACCAAGCAGCUGUCGACUUCAACGACGUCAGUUUGCUUGAUAGUGCCACCAGCAAUACGACGCUUUUCAACCACGUCGCCGAAGAAAUCGUGCACCGGCCCAUCUCCGUCGGCGGCUACGAGUUGGAUGACGAGUCUUGUGGCUUGAUGAAGAUCCAGCUCGUUUUGAGCCGUCUGCGAAUGAUGUCCAAGCCGAUUCAACAGUUCCUUGACACCUACGCUCUUUCAGGAAGCUACCCGUCGCCCUCUGAUACCAAACCUGCCGUCAGCUCGAUGCAAGUUUUUUCGACCAUGGGCACAUUUGUGCAGAAUCGCCUGCAGUGCACCAUCGAUGAACUGCAGUCGAAGCUGUCUCCAUAA